UACGUCCUGGAUGCCGAGCGCGGUUCGGACUCAGGCUUAAACGCGUCAUCGCCGCUGCUGCUAAUAUAUAGGCUUGAUUUUCCUCCGAAAUCCACAACCAUUCUUUCCUCCCUCCCUCUAUAAUUCUCUCCCCCCCACAACAAAAACAAAUCGCCAUGGCUCCAAUCCGACGCGCCGCGCAGCGACCGGACUUCGCCUCCCACCCCUCUGACCUCGAGCUCAUCACCACGUACCUCACCCCCUGGUCCCGCAACCGCGAGCGCCCUUGGAAGUUCAUCCACGAGGCCGAUGUCUACGCCGCCAGGCCGCAGGACCUCGCCCGCGCCUACGCCCCAGCCACGGCCAGCGACGGCCAAGAGAGCUGGUACUUCUUCACGAUCCUGCGGACCAAGAGCCGCCGCGGCCAGCGCAAGUCCCGCACCGUCGGAUCCGGGGACCACGGCUGCUGGCACUCGGAGCGCGCCGCCAAGCCCCUCUUCGCCGGCAUCGGCCACAGCCGCCAGAUCGGGUACCGCCAGGCCUUCUCCUUCGCCACCAAGGAGGACGGCCGCCUGGUCCGCUCGGGCUGGCUCAUGGCCGAGAUCGGCCUCAACCCCGACGCCUCCUCCCCGGACGAGGUCGUCCUCUGCAAGGUCUAUCGGAGCCCGCGCGUCAAGACCGACCAGAGAUCUACGGCGGCGGCGGCGGCGGCGGCGGCUACCGGAGUCGGACCCCAGAGGAUUGCAAGGGGAAAGGCGAGCGAGGACUCUACGUCGUCUGAAGAGGGGACGCCGAGGGCUGGGCCCGGCCGCUAUUCGGCCCAGCCCGCUCGAGCCUCGGCUUCCACUUCCGGCACGCUGUCCAUGGUGGAGUCCGACUCCGACUCAGAGCAGGAUUCCACCAGCCUAGGCGGCACGUCUCCGUCCGCCACCCCGCCCCGGAUUCCCCGAAUCCCGACGGUUCCCUCGGACGAGUCGGCGCAGCGCCCGGACUUCUCUGCUCACCCUUCCGACCAAGUGCUCAUCAAGUCGUACCUCACUCCGCGCGUCGCCUCCGGCGAGCACCCUUGCCACUUCACCCACGACGCCGACGUCUACACCGCCAGCCCCGGCGCCCUCACCAGGACGUACUCCCCGGCGAUGGCAAGCGACGGCGAGAAGGCCUGGUACUUCUUCACCGUCCUGCCGGCCAAGAGCGCCCACGGCCAGAGGCGGCCGCGCACGGUGGGCACCGGGGAGGGGUGUUGGCACUCGGAGGCCGGCGUCAAGCCUGUUCUCGACGGCGACCACCCGAUAGGAUGGCGGCAGUUCUUCUCCUUCAUGAGCAAGGAGGAAGGCCAGCGGGUCCGGAGCAUCCGGACGGGAUGGAUCAUGGUUGAGAUCGGCCUCGACCAUGGCCAACAAGAGGGCCCCUCGGACGAGCCCGUCCUGUGCAAGGUGUACCGCAGCCCGCGCGCCGGCCCGGUGGUGGAACCCAAAGCGGCGGCUGGACGCAAGCGGAACUCAAAGCGGCGGCUGGACACUUCUGGCGCAGGGACGCCCGUGCUGACCCUGGGGCACGCGCUCGGGACCAGGAAUUCUACGGCGACGGCGACGGCGACGGCGACGGCGACAUCUUCCUCUGGGCGCAAGAAGAGGAAGACCGACAGCAGGAACCCCGGCCCCGUGCUGAGGCCCGCGCGCGGUGUUCUGAAGUUGACGAGGCCGGCGACGCCUGGGCGCAAGAAGAAGGAUCUAUGCGUUCGCUGUGGGGUGGAGCCAGCGGAGUCGCACAGCGGAACGGCCGAGGAGGAAGACGGAUCGGAGACGGAUCUUGUCGAGGACGACUCUAUGACCGGCGAGUCCGCCGCCAUCCAUGGAAACGAAGCAGGUGAAUCUUCAGGCGGUGCCAGAACGUUCUACCAAUUCGUCUAGCCCGGCGCUCUUGGUUGGGUCACACCAGUUCAAGGCUUGACACUAGCUAAGAUGAUCCCCAGUUUUCCCCUGAAACAUGCCUUCCCAGCGAAUUUUGUGUCCACCGCCAGGAGGAGGGGGAUAGGUCAAGGAGGAAAAAAAAAAUCCAUGAUUCUGCUUUGUAUCCACCACCAGCAAUUUACUAUUCGUUCUAGUUAUGCACAUCGGAUUAAAUAGAUAUAGCCAUCUUCGGUUUGUCAAA